AUGAAAACAGUUUCGCAAACUCAUACUCCUACCUCACCUGGACGCUCUGUUCAUUAUAUGGGAGAUUUCCCUGUUAAUGACAAUGUUCUCGCACAAUUUCCUGCUGGGACACAGGUCCGCUCGGCCAAUAGACUGCUCAAAUCAGCAUGGACAGUCACGGCUCGUCUAGACUUGAAACUGCCUGGUGGCUCGGAGCAACGGAUUUUUCUCAAGUCUGCCCCUGGUAGUCAUGGACACACGUUAAUGGAAGGCGAAUUCAAUGCGAUGUCUGAACUGUACAAAUGGGUUCCAGACUUAGUACCGAAACCACUUGCAUUCGGUAGGUAUGCCGGUACGGACAUAGAGGCCUACUUCUUCCUCUCCGAGUACACCGAUGUGCAGGAAACAAUGCCAGAUCCGAGCAAACUUUGUGCUGGCCUUGGACGUGUGCCACAGUACGUGAACUGGGAGAAGAGCUGGAAAGCCUUCUUCAUCAGGCUUCUCAAGCAUGAGGACCUUGAGAUUGUUGAGAACCGUCUUAUAUCCGACGUCGUACCUAGAUUGCUCGGGGCUCUAGAGACAGGUGGCCGUAGCAUCAAGCCUAGUCUGAUUCACGGUGACCUCUGGGAAGGUAAUACGGGCACAACUCGGGAAGACGGCAACAUAUAUAUCUUUGAUUCUGCUGCCUUCUACGGCCACAAUGAGAUGGAAAUCGGUGAUUGGCGCUGCCAUUAUAAUAGAAUCCACGACAAGCGGUAUACGGAGUCCUAUCUACACCACUAUGGUGGACCAAGUGAGCCCGAAGAUGAAUGGGAAGACAGAAACCGGCUUUACUCUGUAUACUUCAAUAUAAUUUACUCUGUGAAUCACCUCAGCCAGGGAACAGCUGUGCGGCAAGUGGCUUACAACGACAUGUGUUACCUCGUGGAUAAGUUCGCUCCGUUCCUAGAUGGAAAUUGCCCGUCAAAGCUAGAAGACUCUCAAAUGGCAACGCUCUCCAAAGAACGAGACCAUACAGUAGGCACAGAACAGGUGGACUAGAAAUCAUCGGCUCUACAUCUACUUCUUCGUUCCAGAGCUGAAUUGGAUCGACGUCUUGUUUCCCAGUCAGUACUAUUGACCAGAUUCAUACACGACCUGACAAUAAUUGAUGCUCCUUGUGCUAUUAGUAUAACAUUAGAGAGGACUCUCGACACGGGAUCGUUAGAUUCACACCAAUAACCUCCCACUCCAACGAAUCUUGUUCCCUACGCUCAAUCCUUCCUAUUCUUGUAUGAAUAUACGCUAGAGUAGUGGUGGAUGGCAAGGCUCGGCCAUCGAGAUACACAUGGCGGAUAUCCGGAGCAGCACAAGUGAUGAGGGAUACUCGAGUAACUAUAACGGUGUUAGAACACCUAGCGACGAACAUCCCCGAAGGUAAGAAUUGGUUUUAAUUAGGUCUAAGGUGAAUAUCCGAGUGUGCGAGUAAGGGUGUGAGUGGAACAUAAUAUUUACA